AUGGAUGACAGUGAUGAGUAUGGCGAUUUGGACGACUCGGCCUUUAUAGAGGCGGCGACACAGGCGGAGCAGACGGCAUUCCCACCUUCACCACGCCCAGCGAAGCGGCAAAAGAUUAGCCACCAGGGUACUUCCAUUCCGCCAAGACAACACAACAACAGGAACAGUCCGAUACCAGACUCUGAGGAAGAGGACGAUGAUGUUCACUCCACUUUCUCCCCAGAGUCCGAAACAAGUCGAGACAACAGGGAACAUUCUCACAGCCCCCUCAAGAAACAACCCUCUCACAGCCCCUCCAAAUUCAGCAGCCGUUCUCGUUCCAAAUCCAGAGGCAAAGAGAAUGGGACUCCGGGAGCUGAGGAUGGAAUCAGCAAGUACAUUCAAAAGAAACGGGACCGCAUACACAUGCCUACCACGGCGAUAGACCUGACUGAUGUGUUCUACACGCAACCUCCGCAAGAACACUCGCCGCCAUGGAAGCCGAGAGGAGCCAUAUGGCAGAAGCCGACGCUGAAUAUUGGUGUGCAUCGGCCGGGCGUGAAUGAUAGGCCGUCGAAACCGGAGAAGUGGACAGGUCUGGAUACUAUGAAGACCAUGGCUCUCCCUGGGAGGCAGUCUAUCGUGUCGAGGCCGUCGCCUCAGGAGUAUGAUCCGGUCGACGAUCUAGCAGAUCUGCCUUCGGAUGCUUUUGCUUCCUCACCUUCCUCACCACAGAAACAGGACGAUGAUGUUGUCCUCGUAUCCGAGUCCCGUAGGAGACUUGUUGCCCCGCAGACUAAUCUCCGUCAAACCACCUUAUACGGCCAGAUAGCAGGAAAUGUUGACUUUACCCCUUCACAAACCCGUAACCGCUACAACUAUGUCGCUGUUCAGAGGGAAGAGGAGCCGACGCACCAUAAAUUGGAUCUUGAAGCGAUGAAGACAUGGGUCUAUCCAACAAAUCUAGGAGUCCUCCGUGAUUACCAGUUCAAUAUUGUUGCCAGGGGACUCUACCACAACACUCUUGUUGCGCUACCAACUGGGUUGGGAAAGACGUUCAUUGCGGCUACCAUCAUGCUCAAUUGGUUUCGCUGGACAACAGAAGCCCAGAUUGUCUUUGUUGCUCCCACGAGGCCACUAGUGGCGCAACAGGUUGACGCGUGCUUCAAGAUUGCUGGAAUCCCCCGGUCGCAAACCACCAUGCUGAUGGGCGGAGUUGCGCCAGGCCUCAGGGCUGAGGAAUGGAAGAGCAAGAGAGUCUUCUUUAUGACUCCCCAAACCAUGCUGCUAGAUCUCAAAUCGGGCAUCGCGGAUCCAAAGAAGAUCGUCCUCCUAGUUGUAGACGAAGCGCACAGAGCUACAGGCUCGUAUGCCUACGUUGAAGUGGCAAACUUCCUACAUCGCUUCAACAAGAGUUUUCGCGUGCUUGCUCUCACGGCCACUCCAGGUUCAGAUGUCGAAUCUGUGCAGAAGGUGAUCGACGGAUUGAAGAUUUCCAGGAUCGAGAUUCGUACUGAAAAGUCUCUCGACCUCAAGGAGUAUGUCCAUCAGCGCAAUGUGGAGAAGAAGAUCUUCAAGAAUAGCGAAGAGAUGGAGAUGUGCAUGGAGUUGUAUUCUGCCGCCCUUUCGAAACCUGUCAAAAUGUUGGCUGCAAAGCAUGCCUUUUGGAGCAGUGACCCGCUGGAUCUGACACCUUAUGGCUGCACCCAGGCUCGGCAGAAGUGGAUGGCAGGGCCGGGAAGGAAUGUAUCAUGGCCGGAGAAGAGCCAGGUUAACAGUGCUUUUGCAAUUCUGGCUUCGAUUUCGCACGGCAUGGAGAUGCUAAAAUACCACUCUAUUGUGCCGUUCUACACCAAGAUGAAGGAGUUUCGCGACGAUGCAAUAAAGAGUAAUUCGAAGAUGAAGAAAGAGAUAGCGAACAGUGAUGAGUUCAAAAAGCUCAUGAACAGGUUGCAACAGUGGACUUCGAGCAGCGAUUUCGUUGGCCAUCCAAAGCUGGAUUAUCUGCAGCAAGUCAUUCUUGAUCAUUUUCUAGAGGCCGGCGAAGGUCGCCAUGCUGAAGGGGCGCCUCCAUCUCAGACUCGUGUCAUGGUCUUCGCACACUGGCGCGAUAGCGCAGAGGAGAUCGUAAGAGUCCUUAAGAAGCAUCAACCCAUGAUUCGACCGCAUGUCUUCGUGGGUCAGGCCAGCGCGAAGAACUCAGAAGGCAUGGCACAGAAGGACCAGUUGGAGAUGAUCAAUAAGUUCCAAUCAGGCGUAUACAACACGCUUGUUGCUACAUCUAUUGGUGAAGAAGGUCUCGACAUCGGCGAAGUCGAUCUGAUUGUCUGCUAUGACUCGAAAGCGUCACCACUUCGUAUGUUGCAGCGCAUGGGCAGAACGGGACGUAAAAGACAGGGCAGAAUUGUCUUAUUGCAAAUGGAGGGUAAAGAAGAGCGGGACUUCGAGAAAGCCAAGGACAGCUACGAAAGGAUGCAGGAGUUGAUAGCCAAUGGCUCACAGUUUACCUUCCACGAGGAACUGUCCAAGCGCAUAGUCCCCGCCCAUAUCCAGCCCGUGGUUGAUAAGCGCGCCGUUGAGAUUCCGCUGGAGAAUUCGCAGUCUGAUUGGGAACCUCUACCUAAGAAGAAGAAUGGGAGAGCGCCAAAACGACCGCCGAAGAAGUUCCAUAUGCCGGACGGUGUAAUUACAGGUUUUGUGAAGGCGAACCGAAUGGAUGAGGAGAUUGCGCCGAAAUCUAGGGGAAAGAAGAAGGCGGAUCCGGUUUAUCCUAGUGAAGAGAUCUACGAGGCCGUGCCGCUGGAGACCGUUCUGCUAGAUGAGAAGGGGAUGAAGGAUCUGGAGCAGAGAUUUCAGACCGUGUACGAUGAUGACGACGCACCAGUUGUGGGUCCUCUCCAGCUGGAUCGAUAUCCUGCACGGCAACGAGUGCUAUCACGGCCAAAACUGUUCCGCAAGCCAGGACGCAUGAGAAAGUCGUUUGUGGAGACCCUGCAACGUAUGCAUGCAAUGGAUGACAGGACACUGGAAUCACUGGUACGACCUGAUGUGCAUCUCUCCGACUUUGAGGACGAGCUGGGACCUAGCGCUGUGAUAUCCGAUACUGCUUCCACUACCGCAGAGGCCAUGGCCGUAGAUGAUGAUAUGUGGGCGUCUGACGAUCCGCCUUCUCAGCCAGUUAGUAAAGCUCCGCCGAAAACGAAGCCCGCAGCGGGUAGGAAGCCGAAAAAGACGACUGCCAGCAAACUGCCGGCAUCCCCAAGAGCACCGGCUCCACGUGGUAGAGCCACGAAAUCAUUGCCUGAGUCGGCAACCCCAACGCGUCGGCAAAGAGGGAAGCCUUCUCGUAAUACGUCUGCAUAUCAAAUAUCUGAGCUGGUGGAAGAGGGCGCGUCUUCUUCGCCGCCACCAACGGACCCCCGUAUGCGUCUUGCCUCUCAGGCCAUUGACCUCGGCUCCCAUGACACUUCGGGGGAGGAGGAUGUUGAAGACACUCAAGCGUACCUAAAUGACUCCUUUCUCCGGAGCUUCAUCGCCGAUGACGAUGAGGAGGUAGAUGCACCUGAGUCCAGUCUACCUAGCCUGAAUUUUGGCCCUGGGAAGGGGACGCAGGCUGUUGUACAAGCCGCCAAGUCGAAGAAGCCGAGGAGAAUGGAGAAGAUAUUCACGAGUGAUCCGACGGAUGUGGAUGUGGUGAUGAGCAGCGACAGUGAAGAUGAGACGCCUGCAAGGGGAAAGAAGAUGAUUGGAUUGAACCAAAGGAUUGGCUACACUGUCGAUUCGGAUGAGGACCAGGAGGAUGAUGGACGAGUUUUGCCCCCAACAAAGAGGGUCAGAAGGGUAAUUGAUGAUGACGAUGACGACGACGAAUGA